AUCUGUGCUUUGACCAGAAAAUUAGUGUGGCAUGUCUAGGCUGGUGGGUAGCUAAAAUGCUCCAGCAAUGCCAAGAAAUCUGCCAAUAUAAAAGCCAGGGUUUGCAAAUGCCCAAAUGUCGUUCCAGCAUCAUCAUCAACUAUUCAAGACAUCUCUACGGCUUAUUCUCUGCCUUCACCAAGCACGCUUUUAAAAUAUCAGCAAGGUUAUCUACCAUAGGCGCUUUCCACCCCGGUUUCGGACCUCACAUGUACCGCCAUCACUGCCGCGGCUCACUCAAGGGCAAGAUCAUCUUCUUUGGCGUCACGCUCUGGCUCACAAGCACCGUCAUUGCAGGCGUGCGCCGGGCGUCAGGCUGGACACACAACGCGCACAGCCUCACCCAGUCGUCUGCCGAGCCCGACGAGCGGCGCAAGCAGUGGCGGCGCAUGAUGGACGAGCGCCUUGCCGCGUCGCGCCAAUUCGCCGAGGCCCGGUUCCAGCAGCUCGAACAGCACUACGGCACUAUGGUGGCUGACGAGCAGACCCGCCAGCAGUGGAAGCAAUGGCUGUCCAUGGAGAAGGAAAAGCUCAUCAACGAGUGGACUAGGAACAGUCUGUGGUUCGAGCGCAACAUGGACCGCUUCCACAAUCCUGACGCAUACCAGAACGGCUGCCACCGGCCUGGCGGCUUCAUGAGGUGGUAUCUAGGGCGUUGGCGAGCGCACAUUUGACUGGUUCACCAGGAAGCUGGCUAGGGUCGAGGAGCUUCCACUGGGAGAACCCGCAGACCCCGUACCAGGUGCUGGGCCAGACACCGGCUGCUCCC